CUUCCCAAAUCAUUACCGAAAAUAUCCAUGUAACGUGAUGCCCAUGGCUCAAUAGCAUACUUUGCAAAAGACAGAAUGCUAAUGGCUGAGAAUUCAAACGUUACGAAUAGAGAAAUUUUAAAAGAAGGGCUGCCUUGGUAUUGGUGGUUUCACGGCGUGUCUGCUGUAACAUCGGUCCUCGGAAACCUCUUGGUUAUUUUUCUAAUCCUAACCCGUUCAUCUCUUCGUACAACACCUAAUUGGUUCGUACUCUCCCUGGCCGUGGCUGAUUUUCUAGUUGGAGCUGUAGUAUUUCCAUUACGCUUGGUAUUCGAAGUCGUUUUCCAAAACCGUCCAACAUCGAACUACUUUGUCAAUGUAGUGGAUUACUUUCUCCUCAAAGCCUCCAUGACAAACCUUUGUGUCUUGACUUUAAACCGGUACUUGUCAAUAAUGUAUCCUUUAAAACACGUCUACUUGAAAAAGAAAUAUAACGUGAUCAAGUUGAUACUAACAGCCUGGUUUAUCGCGUUUUUAUUUCCUUUAAUAUUCCUGUUGUUGAAUCUUUUUGUCAAAGACGCACUCAUAAAGAGAUACUAUAUUAUGUUUUUACUGAUAUUCUUAGAAAUAGUCCCUUGUGUGGCUUUGACGUUGGCCUAUCUUCAUAUCAUAUAUUUUGCCCGACGCCAACGAGAACAGAUAAAGAAACAAAAGAGCCAGUUGAAGCACAAUUAUCCAACAAGAAGAGUGAAAGAAAGAUAUAAAAAGAAUAAAACCAUGAUACGUGUUCUUGGUGGAGUCAUUGGAUUUUUUGUACUUUCAUACUUAGUUGAUAUCAGCCGUGUUUGGCUUAAGUAUAUCGAUCUAAACGAAGCUACAAACACAUCUUUACUAAGUAAAAUAUCUUUUCUGCUUCUCUAUGCAAAUUCCGCCGUUAAUGUGUUUUUCUAUGGUCUUUUUAAAAAAGAUUUUCGCGCCGAAAUUUGGAAAAUGUUUUGUGAGCUAUUUUCCAGGGGUAAAGAUCCGUCUCGGUCGUUUUUUUCUGCUGAGAAAAAGACUACCAAAUUGUGA